CAUACGUGCGUCAUAACAUAUACAGUACGUUGUGAAAUUCACCAGACGAACGAAUCGCAAACGUUUCAUUCGUCUGCCUAUUGCAUUGUUUUUUUUGUUAUUUAGUUUUUGGGUGUAACAUUAGAAAAUCUUGAUGGCCAUAGUGCUAUCAUGUUUCAAAAGGUGCUUCGACGGCAUCAGAUACACGGAACAUGUGUCGUUUCCACAAAUCAACCCUAUAUGUUUAGAUACCAGCCGAAUGGGUAAUGAAGUAGUAAUUGUAAAAAACGGUACUAGAAUAUGCGGCAGUGGUGGUGUCUUGUGCACUGCGCCAAUUGUUCAAAAUAAAUGUUAUUUUGAAGUAAAAGUACAGCAAUCUGGGAUCUGGGGAGUAGGUUUAGCUUUGAAUGAUGUAGAUCUGUGUAAAACACCAGGUGGUCACGAUCCAUAUUCUUGGGUGUUGUGCAAUGAUGGAGCUCAACGGCACAAUCAGCAAGUGUUAAAAGCAAUAGAUAAUACCAUUGAAGAAGGAGACAUAAUUGGUAUCUAUUAUGACCAUGUAGAAUUAAAUUAUUCAAUUAAUGGUCAACCAGUUAAUGAACCUAUUACAGGAAUAAGAGGAACUGUUUUCCCAGCUCUUUUUGUUGAUGAUGGUGCUAUUCUAGAUAUUGUGCUGGAAAAAUUUUCAUACCCACCUUCUAACGGUUAUGAUAAAAUUAUGUUGGAGCAGUCUAUACUUUAAUUAAAUAUUGCUUAAAAAUAAUAACAUAUAAUCAUUAUU